AUGUCGUCGCCCAGCCUGGACGGCGGCCUCUUGGAGGGCCUGCUCGAGAAGAAGCCGGUCAGCGUGCUCGCGCGCAGCAUCGGCAGCACCUGGCGGCCGCGCUACAUCGUGCUCCGCGCUCAAAGCCUAGAGUGGCACCACGGCGGCGACGAGAGCGGCGAACUGCAGGUGCUCCUCCUCGACGCCCGAGCUUCGCAGGUCCGAGCCGCCGGCGAUGCGGGCGACGACGCGGAGCGCUGCCUCACCGUGAGCGGCACGGUGCGUGGCCAGCCUGUCUGCCUCGUGCUGAGGUGCUCCGACGCCUCCGAGCGAGACGCGUGGGUGCGCGCGGUCUGCCGGUGCAUCGAGUCGCUCAAGGCCAUCCGCUUCUUCUCGUCGUCCGCGGCGGUCGCGUCUGAAACGGAGUCGUUCGAGCCCGACCAGGCGGGCCUGGCUGACGCACUCGCGUCGUGCCUGCUGACGCGGCAGGCGGAGGCGCGUGCGUGCGCGGCCGCCUCGCAGACCGAGGCCUCGGCUGCAGAGCCGCAGCAGGCGGCCCGGGAGCCGCGAGCUGCGGCUGUGAAGAUGCGCUGCUCGCACCGUCUACCUUGUGAGCAGGCGGAGGAGGAGCUGCGCGAGCUGCAGCUCUUCUCGUGGCAGCCGCUCGUGGCGCGCGAGGUGGAAGAGAACGCCACUCAGCUCGUGCGCGGCUGGGGCGGCGCGGCCGACCUCUCCUCCAUCGCGGCGCGCCUCGACUGGGCCCUCGGCAUCUCGGAGCCCUUCGAGCUCGGCGUGUCCGAGCUCGGCCGCUUCUUGCCGGGCGAGCGGCUGCCGCCGCCGCCGCUGGACGGCGGCCCGCUCGCCCGGUGGCAGCACUACCGCGCGUGCGUGCACAGCGCCUUGGUGCGCCGGCUCGUCGCUCUCGCCAUCGGCGCGCCCGCAUCGCUGCGCGGCUUUGCGGCCGCGCAGUACGACUCGCCGCUGAGAUCGAGCCCGAGCGGGCAGCCGCCGUGGCUGCACGUCGCGCCCGAUGGCACGCGGUGCAGGGUUCUGCGCCGCAUCACCGACAGCGCCACCAAGCCGCUCGUCGUCGUGCUCGGCGACAGCGGCGCCGACGCGGCGGACGAGGCCGCCGCCGACGCCGAGGCGGACGCCGAGGCGGCGGCCGACGGCUCCGAGGCGCGCUUGCUGGCGCUGGCGAUACAGGCCUCCAUCGAGACCAAGGCGGAGGAGGACCGGGCGCUCGACACCGGCGCAGGCGGGCUGACCGAAGAGGAGCAGCUGGCAGCCGUCCUCGCCGCACCGGCCUGCCCAGCCGGUUUCGCCGUCUCCUGCACAGCCAUCCGAGCCGGUUUCGCCGUCUGCAGCGGAGCCUUUGCCGCCAGCGCCGGCCGCGAAGCCCUCAUCGCCGCAGCCAGCCGAGCAGCCGCCGAGGACACGAGAGCCGCGGCCGAGGCGGAGUGCCUCAGUCCUCGGCUCUCGCCCUCGGCCGGCCGCGCGGUGACGGCCCGCUACCUGUACAAGCGCGGCGACAACCUCUUCCAGGACGUGCUCGUCCUCAUGCUCCUCGACGAGAUGAAUGCGCUCUGGCGCGCCGCGGGCUCCGCCGCCUUCACGCUGACGUACGCCGUGGUGCCGACCGCCGAGCGGGCCGGCUUCAUCGAGCUGCUCCCCGAGGCGGUGCCGAUUAAGGCCGUGCCCGACUUCACGUACUCGCGCGCGCUCCACCACUCCGCCGCCGGCGCCUUCAUCGCCGGCUUCGUGCUCGGGCUCGCCGACCGGCACCAGGACAACAUGCUGCUCGUCGGCCCGCGGCGCGACAUCUUCGUGCACAUCGACUUUGGGUACGUCGCCGGCGCGCGCCCGUGGUUCGACGCCAACCUGCUGCCGAUCCCGGAGCGUUUCUACCGCUGCCUCACCGCCUCUGGCAAGUGGGACGAGUUCCUCAACGACUGCGUGUUCGCCUUCACCAUCCUGCAGGCCAACCGCGCGGCGCUCAUCGCCAUCGCGCAGACCUUUGUCGAGCCGCUGGUGCGAGCCGGCUACCCCGAGUACAUCGACAACGUGCUGCAGCAGCACACGCCGGACCAGGUGCGCGAGCUGGUGCAGGCCGCGCCAAACGACCUGGCCAGGCGGUUCAAAAACAUGCAUCAUAAGCUGUCGCAUUGA